AUGGCAACCGCAGACCAUGAAGUCGCGGAGAAUGGAAAUGUGGAGCCUCCGCGAUCGUCUUUGAUAUUUCUCGGUACCGGUUGUUCUAGCGCGCUUCCAAACGCGAUGUGCUUGAUCCAGCCCUCUGAUCCCCCUUGUCACGUCUGUUCCCAAUCUCUAUCUAUACCGCCGGAACAAAACCCUAAUUACAGGUGCAAUACAUCUUUACUUAUCGAUUAUUGUGGUGGUGAUGGUGAUCAUAAAUAUAUAUUGAUUGAUGUUGGCAAGACGUUUAGGGAGCAAGUGCUCCGGUGGUUCACUUACCAUAAAAUUCCGCAGGUGGAUUCUGUUAUCUUAACUCAUGAACAUGCUGACGCGGUUCUUGGUUUGGAUGAUAUACGUACGGUGCAACCUUAUAGUUCAACGAAUGAUAUUGAUCCGACUCCCAUCUACCUCUCCCAAUAUGCCAUGGAGAGCAUUGCACUGAAAUUCCCUUACUUGGUUAAGAAAAAACUCAAGCCUGGACAGGAAAUCAGACGUGUGGCACAGCUUGACUGGAAGAUUGUGGAGAAUGACUGUAAGAAGCCCUUCGUGGCAUCAGGACUACAAUUUUCUCCUUUGCCAGUAAUGCAUGGUGAAGACUAUGUAUGCUUAGGUUUUCUUUUUGGUGAAAGAUGCAGAGUAGCAUAUAUUUCUGAUAUUUCACGCUUUCUUCCACCCACAGAAUAUUAUAUUUCUAAAGAUGGAGGUGGACAGUUAGAUCUCCUUAUCUUGGACACACUAUAUAAGAAGGGUUCUCACAACACUCACUUUUGCUUCCCUCAGACUCUUGAUGCAGUGAAGAGAUUAUGCCCAAAGAGAGCUUUAUUGAUAGGAAUGACCCAUGAGUUUGAUCACCACAAGGACAAUGAAUUUCUUAUGGAAUGGUCUAGAAGGGAAGGAAUACCAGUUCAGCUGGCGCGUGACGGGCUGCGGAUCCCUAUUGAACUUUAA